AUGGCUUUCCGCCAGCAGCAUCGACCGCACUCCUCGCGCCAGAUCUCGUACCAUGAACCACCGCCCGAGGUCGGCACCGCCUCGACGCCGCAGCGGAAGAGGGCGCUCGAAGAGUCUGAAGAAUGGGUCCUAUUCUCGCCGGGAGCGCAUUCCACUACUGCACGCACGCACACGACAUCGACCGAACGAACACCACGCACAGCCGGCCUGUCGCACCUGAGCGACUUUGGUUCCCUCGAUACCGCCGCACGCUCGCAGGAUGACGAUGAUGUUACCUGCCAGGGCACUGAAGAUGGAGAGGAGUUGGACAGCUUGGACGAUGGCCUGCACGCUUUCCAUGAACCAUCUGAGUAUGCAGGGCCAUCGAGCAGGUUACAGCAGAGUGGCGACGCCGUUUUGCCUACACAUGAUGGCUUAGGCACAUUCCAGCCUGAUGCCGAUGUGGCAGAGCAUAUGUGGCAGUUUGAAAGACAAGCGCCGAGGAGACGUACUGCUCGGCGGCGAUCAAGUGUGCAACGACGACUUGAUGCUCUGGAGGAGACGGAAGAACUUAAUCAGGAGCAGGAUAGGCGGCAGCGAAUAGAACAGUGGCGGCUCGAGCAGAGCAGAGCGCUUCUCGAAGAGAUCGAGAGGGAGACCAGACGCAGACGGAGGAUGAGCAUCGUGAGUGCUGCUCGCAGUCGGUCAGACAGCGCCUACUGCGCCCCCAAGAGCACCGCAUCGCACGUUGCGGCAUCGGUAUCGGAUGGCCAAAGCGAGGCAUCUGAUGAAAACACAGAGAACAUGUCCUUUUGGCAACGCUUAACAAGAAGAGUAAUACGCGAUCUGAUGGGCAUUGAUGAGGAUACGCUAUCUGUCAUCUUUGGGGAAUCGUUGCCUGACGAAACCGCGACAGUGCCUACUCAAAUCCCCGAAACGAGAGCUUCGAUUGAUGCUACACUACGAGCCAUGGAUACAGAAGGAAUGCCUGACGAAGGCUGGCAGCAUCGACUUCUUGAAAGAGUAGCGCGAGAGCUUGGGAUCUUGGUGCAUCAGCUCUCUGAGCAUCCCGGUGCCUUUUCUACUUAUCUUAACACCCAGGACACGCCAGAAUAUGCAGGCCUCUCUGCCCGACGACCUUCCACUAGUUUGGCCUCCGAGUCGACAACUUCAAAGCUCACUACUUCUGGACACUCGGCUGCUCUGCCGACUUCGGCGCACUUUGCUCCGACUUUCCCCGGACAACCUAACGCAUAUAGUGAAGCAUUCCUCUGGGGUAUCGAGGAAGAACCCGAUUCGGUUGACCCUUUGGAUUCCUUCCGUGCCCCUCACCCAGCUCCCGCACCCAUAAACCACGCUGAGGAAAUCGCACGCGAGCAAGAGUAUUGGGAACGCGAGCUCGAUGUCAAGAUGGUCUUCAACUUCCUCUUGAAGCGAUUCUCCUCGCGGCGGUCAAGCGUCUCUUCGCAAACACGUAGAGGCUCGAGUGCGCCAACCGCUGGUGAAGAGGCAGAAGACCCUCAGGCGAGUGCGAGGAGAGCAGCCAUCAUUCGCCAGAAUCACCCUUUAGUUAGUCGGUCGAGAGAACCAUUGCCUACUAGCUCAAGGUCGAAGAAGCGAGAAGGUGCUUCGUUCAAGACGUACUACCAUCAGGCCCCGUCGUUGCGCAAUCAAGUACUUAAGAGCAGCUCGUCUGUGACGAGCCAAAGCACCAAGAAGAGCAAGCGGUCCGGUGGCAGCGGACGUAACUACUGGGACCUUGGCGGUAGUGUCGGUUCUGGUAGUGUCAUCGAAGGCAAAGCCUAG